AUGACAUCCACCGAGAAGCCUUUCACCAUCUCCAUUCCCGACAGCGAGAUCGAGUUUCUUCGCAAGAAACUAGAGUUAACUAGGUUCCCUGACGAACUGGAAGAGGCUGGGCGGGAUUAUGGUGCACCCCUGGCCGAUGUUCGCAGGCUCGUCGAACGCUGGAAGAGCGGAUACGACUGGCGCGCCCACGAAGCCCAGUUGAACGCAGAGUUCCCGCAGUUCACGCGGGACAUUGAGGUGGAAGGACAUGGGACGUUGAAUAUCCAUUACGUACACAAGAAGAGCGAGGUGGUAGAUGCAAUACCGCUGGUGUUCGUCCAUGGAUGGCCAGGAAGUAUAAUCGAAGUUCGAAAGAUCUUGCCCUUGCUUCUCGAGGCGUCCCCCGACCACCCGAGCUUCCAUGUCGUUGCCUUCAGCCUGCCAGGCUACGGUUUCUCCGAAGCGCCCAAGAAGAAAGGUUUCGCGGAUGCCCAGAUGGCUGAAGUGGGGCAUAAACUCAUGCUUGCCUUGGGAUACCAUGAAUACGUGGCGCAAGGAGGAGACUGGGGAGCCACAAUCUGUCGGACCAUGGCUCAACUCUAUGGACCGAAGCAUGUAAAGGCAUGGCACACAAACAUGCCUUUUGCAUACCCACCCCACCCGACGAGGCGGCCAUUGCUCUUGCUCCAACAUCUGCUAUUCAAGUACACGCCGCAAGACCAAGCACGCCUGGAGCGAACGCAAUGGUACCUGGAACAUGGAAACGGAUAUUUGAAGCAGCAAUCUACCCAGCCGCAGACGUUAGGCUACAGUCUCGCCGAUUCUCCCGCCGGUUUACUGGCAUGGAUCUACGAGAAGCUCUACCAGUGGACCGACGACUACAAGUGGACUGAUGAUGAAGUGUACUGGUUCUCUCGAGCAGGGCCAGCAGCUUCGCUCCGUCUCUACUACGAAUACAUGAAAGUCCAUCCGAUUGGCGACUGGUCAAAGACGGUCCUAGAAACGGACGUCCCAACUGGCCACUCGUACUUCCCUAAAGAAGAGUCACUCAUCUCGUCACGCACUGCAUGGCCAACGCCUCCAUUAUUGUUCGAAUACGUUAGUUGGCACUCAUCAGGUUUUCCAAAUGUCAUCUUCGAGUCGGACCAUGACAAGGGAGGUCAUUUUGCAGCGCACGAAGUCCCGGAAGCCCUUGUUGGCGACCUGAGGAAAAUGUUUGGGAAAGGAGGGCCUGCGUUUGGAGCUGUUCCGGGCAAGACCGGUAAUCAAGAUACCACCCAUGAUUUCUCCAGCUACACAUAA